AUGGCAGUUCGGGACACCAUAGAAAUUAUCGACGGAGUGCACUCUGGCACAACCCGCUUGUCACUGAAAACGCAGUUGGAGCGCUUCGGGGACAUUGACAUUUGCCACAAGAUCGGAGACCCUCGGGAGGAUACGCCCUGGGUACGGUUUCGUGCAGGGCUUACAUGGGCUUUGAGUCAAUUGAGCUUUUCAAAGGGGAGCGUUGCAAACGCCAGUGAAAUCCAAUGA